AUGACAGACAUGUAGGCUAACUUACUCUCGUGUGAAAGAAAAAAAUCCCACCCCUGUUAUAAUAGAUAUUCUUGGGGCAACCCUUUUUGGUCACUACGAGGCGCUAACGCGUACAGGAAACAGGCACAGCCAUAUGCACACACCGUGUAUUACCCCUCUCUGUAUAGAAAGUAAACAGGGAUUUGUCUGUAUCGUAAAAUAAAUAUGUCGACAACGACGGGUGGUGGAGAGUUUGGGAACCCCCUGCGGAAAUUCAAGCUCGUUUUCUUAGGCGAGCAAAGUGUGGGGAAGACCUCACUCAUCACCAGGUUUAUGUACGACAGCUUUGACAAAUACAUAUCAGGUAUCGCCACCGGCUCCCACCUGCUUGGCACCGCUGCCCUGCACCAUGUGGCCGAUGGAGGUGUCUCUCCCUCUGUCUCUCCCUCUGUCUCUCCCUCUGUCUCUCCCUCUGUCUGCAUGGAUCUUCAGGUUCGUCUCCAGCUCUGGGACACUGCUGGUCAGGAGCGCUUCCGUAGCCUCAUCCCGAGCUACAUUCGUGACUCCACCAUCGCUGUGGUGGUCUAUGACAUCACCAACUUAAAUUCAUUCCAGCAGACCUCAAAGUGGAUUGAUGAUGUCAGAACAGAGCGGGGGAGUGAUGUCAUCAUCAUGUUAGUUGGCAACAAGACAGACUUGGCUGAUAAAAGACAGAUCACCACUGAGGAAGGCGAGCAGAGAGCUAAGGAACUGAAUGUCAUGUUCAUUGAGACCAGCGCAAAGACUGGCUACAAUGUCAAACAGCUGUUCCGUCGUGUGGCCGCGGCCUUGCCUGGCAUGGACAGCACACCGGAGAAGAGCAAAGAGGACAGUAUCCUUUCACAGACGGCAUGCUGCUUCUCUCUGAGAAUUCAGAACACCUCAAAAUUCAGAUUCCUCCAAAUUGCAUUGUGCAAUGUUAAUCACUGUUGCUGUAGUACUGUGUGA